CAAAGCUCGUUCCAUCGCCCGCUAUUUGACGCUAUUUACCACCCUACCAGCAAAGACGUACCGCCAAGCGAUUUAGCGUUUCGGUACGAUGUCCUCUAGAAACUGAAAUGGGUGAAGAUAAUGAAAUGGUGCCUAACAAGUUAGCCCGCUUCUAUCUUAGAUUGCAUCAUCACUUACCUACCAUCAGCUGAGGCUGUAGUCAAGGGUUAACUUGUAAAGGAUAAAAAUGAAAAAUAAAUAAGGAAUAUCAAUAUUUCUUAGAUCGAUUCAGGACUCGAACCUGAUCCGAAACCUCGAGCACAAUGUUCGGUACAUUAAAAUUAAGGACAAUUUGCCUUUAUAAAAUGUCCACAUAGGUACCUACAUUCCGUUUCGCUUGAUCAAUCUUCAACAAUGUGUAUAUAAAAACUUUUAUCAACAAAAAGCGUUUCAGUAAUGACCAUGUUACCAUACCAGGCAAUCGUUUUGUGCGCAUUCUUACAACUAACAUGGGCCUCCUCACUCAGUUUUCCAUCAGAUUUCAAAUUCGGUUCUGCGACAGCUUCAUACCAAGUGGAAGGUGGUUGGGAUGCUGAUGGCAAAGGUCCAAGCAUUUGGGACAGAUAUGUCCACGAGUUUCCUGGUGACAUCAAGGGCAACGCGACGGGAGACGUGGCCGGCGACUCAUACCAUCAAUGGCGGGAAGACGUGAAAGCUGCGGCCAAGAUGAAACUGCAGUUUUACAGAUUCUCAAUAAAUUGGCCUCGGGUAUUGCCCACGGGUUUCGCCAAUGAGAUCAACCCGGCCGGUGUGAAGUACUACAGCGACCUGAUCGACGCUCUCCUCGCUGAGGGCAUUGAACCCAUCGUCACCAUAUUUCACUGGGAACUGCCUGUGAAGAUGCAAGAUCUUGGAGGCUGGACUAACCCUCUCAUCGUCAAAUGGUUUGGGGACUACGCGAGGGUGGUAUAUACGCUCUACGCGGAUCGCGUUAAGACUUGGCUGACUCUCAACGAGCCAAACACCGUCUGCGACUAUUUCUACAACUCUGGCGUCUUCGCCACGAGGAUCAAGGAGUCAGAUUUCGCACCAUUCCUGUGUAAUAAACAUAUGAUGCUGGCACACGCUACAGCCUACAGGAUAUUUGAUAAGGAGUUCAGGCCAAAAUAUAAAGGUAAAAUCUCAAUCGCACCGCAUGCGCUCUGGAUCGAACCUGCUACUCCUGAAGACGAGGCUUUGGCAGAACUUGGUAGACAACAUCAGUUGGGUAGAUACUCCCAUCCGAUAUACUCCAAGGAGGGUGGCUGGCCGCCGUCGGUAGAGAAGGUGAUGCUGGAGCACAGCUUACAGCAGGGACACACGGAAUCCAGACUACCAGCAUUCACAGAACAGGAGAUCGAAUUUAUGAAAGGCACAGCGGACUAUUACGCAAUGAACCAAUACACCACAUACGUGAUCAGGCCGAGCAAGGCCGGAGACGAGGCCGGAAUGUGGUUCCUGACCGGCUCCCCGGAGUUGCAGGCCACUUUGUACCACCCGGAAAAAGCCACCUACGGAACGGCGUAUAUACUACCGGUGUACCCAGAGGGUAUGCGAAAAAUGAUGUCAUGGGUGAAGCAGCAAUACGGUGACUAUCCCAUCCUCAUCACAGAGAAUGGCUUCUCCUCCACCGGCUCUCAGCUGGACGACCACCAGCGAGUCGACUACAUCAAGAACUAUUUAGAACAAAUACUACUCGCCAUGUACAAGGAUAAAGUGAAGGUGAUGGGCUACACAGCCUGGUCUCUCAUCGACAGCUUCGAAUGGAUGGACGGAUAUGAGACUAAAUUCGGACUCUACGAGAUAGACUACAACCAUCCGAACCGCACUCGGACGCCGCGCUUAUCUUCGUUCUACUAUUCUUGCGUCAUUGCGGAGAGAUCUCUCGACGUUGCCGAGUCUUGCUACAAGAAAGACUCGAGCAAAGUUUCUUCCGACGACAAGAAUGAAAUAGACAAGAAAUAUAGUCCUCCGGUUAAUGAUGAACUUUAAAUUAGUCUUAAAAGUGUUUUUUACUAUUCCUAAGUUUCUUUUUGCAUCAGCUUGUUAAUUUUUUUGAAGACUGUUAAGUAUUACUAUUUGCAACUUCGCUUAUUUUAUACUAGCAAGCAACCUAGUUUGAUAUUUUGUUUGUAGCUUCCUAAUUUUAGUUCACUAACCUAGAGAAAACUUCAAAGCAUUUAUAAGUUUAUAUCUAACUAGCGAUAUCUAGCGUCUAGCGUCUAGACUUCGUCGGCGUGGAAUUUAGUUUUUCACAAAUCCCUCGGGAACCAUGGAUUUUUCCGGGUUAAAAAGUAGCCCAUGUGUUAAUUCAUGCUAUAAUAUAUCUCAAUACUUAAUUUCAGCGGUUCAGUAAUCAAGGCGUGAAAGAGUAACAAACAUUCAUAUCAUCAAAAUCAUCAGUUUUCGCAAAUCUCGGGAAAGCAUGGAUUUUUUCGGUAUAAAAAGUAGCCUAUGUGUUAAUCCAGAGUAAAAUCUAUUUCCAUUCCAAAUUUCAGCCAAACCGCUUUAGUAGUAGCGGCGUUAAAGAGUAGCAAACAUCCAAACAAACAUCCAUACAAACUUUCGCGUUUAUAAUAUUAUAUAGUAAGACUAUUCCCGCUAGGUAAGUUUAUAGUUCUGUAUAGCCCUGAUACCCAGUUAUUAAAAUAAAUAAAAAUGAGUGUAAUUAGAAAUGGCGGUACAUUCUCGCUCGCAUAUUUACGUCUAAUGCUUACUCAAACACAUCGGUCAUCAUCAUCAUUAACAGCCGAUGGACUUCCACUGCUGGACAAAAGCAUUGCAUGGACCUCCAAGCACAACGGUCUCGAGCCGCCAGCAUCCAGCGGCUCUCUGCAACCCGCUUGAUGUCCUCGAUACACCAACCAACGACGAGAGAGGCCGGAGGUGGGAGGUCGACCAAUACUGCGUUUGCCGGUGCGGGGUCGCCAUUCCAGCGCCUUGGGACCCCAACGUUCAUCGGCUCUUCGAACUUUGUGGCCUGCUAUGUCAAACUUUGGUUCUUCUGCGGAUCUCCUCAUUUCCGAUUCGAUCACGCAGAGAACCUCUCUUCAUCGCCCGCUGAGUGACUUUGAGUUUUUAAUAAGGCCUAUAGUUAGCGACCAAGUCUCGGAUCCGUAGGUCAUUACUGGCAACAUGCAAUGUUCGGAGACUUUCGCCUUCAGGCAUUGAGGAAACUCAUCGGUACCGAGUGUCAAAAAUUAAUUAGCCAAUAAAUCAAUUGAUGAAACGCCAUUUGUAACACCUUCUUUAUCCACGCAGGUAGUAUGUAUUAUUAAGACAAUCUAGAUUUAAUUAGAUUUACUUAAAACAUGUCUAACCACUUUAUACUUUGUUGCAACUGAAACAUGCAAUUUGUGUAAUUAAAUAAUUAUAUACCAUCUA